AUGGAACCAGGAGAACCGACCAUUCACGAUGUGUUUGAGAGCAAGACAGGCACCUGGCAAUACGUGGUGGCGGAUCCAACGACAUCAACAGCCGUCAUCAUCGAUCCGGUCCUGGACUAUGACCCCGCUACCCAGGGCAUCACCACGGAGUCCGCUGACGCGCUUCUGUCCUUGGUCAAGGAGAAGGGAUACAAAGUCGACCGAAUUCUUGAAACCCAUGCACAUGCAGAUCAUCUUACUGCAGCGUCGUAUCUGCAGAAGCGCUUGGCCGAGGAGCAAGGCCACCGGCCACGAAUCGGGAUCGGCAAGCGCAUCGGGCAGGUGCAGAAGUUGUUUGGGCAGAGAUAUGGCAUUCCUGAACAGGAAUAUAAAGAUGUCUUUGACAAAUUGUUUGAGGACGAUGAGACAUUUAAGAUUGGCAAUCUGAUGGCCCAGGCCAUCCAUCUUCCUGGACACACGCCAGACCAUUUGGGAUACCGCAUUGGAGACAAUGUUUUCUGCGGUGAUCUGAUCUUCCAUUCGGAUAUUGGCACCGCACGCUGCGAUUUCCCUGGCGGCAGUGCAAACAACCUCUAUCGUUCAGGGCGGAAGGUCUUGGGCCUGCCCGAUCACGUCAAGGUCUGGACGGGCCAUGACUAUCCUCCCGAAGGGCGCAAGGAGCCCGUCCCCUCGCUGAGUGUCCAUGAGCAUAGGCAGCAAAAUAAACAUCUUAGAGACGGCGUUACCGAAGAGGAAUUUGUCACGCUCCGGAAGGAACGUGACUCGAAGCUGGCGGAGCCGAGGCUGCUUCACCAGUCACUGCAGAUGAACAUUCGGGCAGGGCGAUUGCCGAAACCUACAGAGUCGGGGCAACGGUUGCUUCACCUUCCGUUAAAAUUGAAGGGGUUGAAAUGGUAG